ACAGCAACCCUGAGAAGUAGGUGUAUUUUCCCCAUUUCACAGAUGCAAAAACUAAGGCUCAUAGAUACAGCUUAUCCGGGAAUACUCAGCUAGUUAGUGCCAUAGUCAGAAUUAAGACCUGGGUCUGUCUGGCUUCACAGCCCAGGUCCUGUCCACUAUGGCACGACACUUCCCGCUACCUUCUUGCAGAAGAAGCCGUAUAGGUGCUUGGUGUGCUCCUCAUCGUGCCUUGCACAGGGGAGCAUGCCCAAGGAAUACUGCCUGAGAGACUAACAGUUGUCACCUCCGCAGAUGGCACCUGGAGAACUAGCUCUUGCCAGUGGCAACCACAGCCCAGUUACCCAGUUCAUCUUGCUGGGAUUCUCCAGCUAUCCAGACCUCCAGGUGCUUCUUUUCGGAGGCUUCCUGCUCGUCUAUGCCGUGACAGUGGUGGGCAACCUGGGAAUGAUGGCGCUCAUCUUCACAGACUCCCGUCUCCACAGCCCCAUGUACUUCUUUCUCAGUGUCCUCUCUUUUCUUGAUAUUUGUUACUCUUCCAUCGUCACACCCAAGCUGUUGGUCGACCUUCUAGCCUCUGACAAGUCCAUUUCUUUUGAGGGCUGUGUGGUCCAGAUGACCUUCUUUGUGAUGCACGCAACAGCUGAGAGCUUCCUGCUGGCCUCCAUGGCCUAUGGCCGCUUCGUGGCCAUCCGCCGACCCCUCCAUUACAGCUCUGUCAUGACCAAGGGAACCUGUCUCCAGCUGGUGGCUGCUUCCUACACAUUUGGUGGAGCUAACUCCGCUAUUGAGACCGGGAAUGUCUUCGCCCUGCCCUUCUGUGGGCCCAACCACGUAACACGCUACUUCUGUGACAUCAAACCCCUUCUCCGCCUGGCUUGUGCCAACACAGCUACAGCAGGACUGGUCCUCUAUAUUUCAUCUGCUCUGGCUACCCUUCUGCCUGCUGCCCUCAUCCUCACCUCCUACAGCUUGGUCCUGGUGGCCGUCGGCAGGCUGCGCUCGGCAGCUGGGAAGGAGAAAGCCCUCUCCACGUGUGCCUCCCACUUCCUGGCCAUUGCCAUCUUCUACAGCACUGUGAUCCUCACCUAUGUCCAACCUCAUGGACCCACUGAUGAUACCAGUGGCCAGAUAGUGUCUGUCUUCUACACCGUCAUAAUUCCCAUGCGCAACCCCCUCAUCUACAGCCUCCGGAACAAGGAGGUGAAGGACGCCCUGCAGAGGACGCUGCAGGGCAGCAUCUCUCCCUGCUGAGCCUGCAAGGCUGUUGGUCGGCAUGAGGAGGGCAUAGCAUCGUCUAAAUCACACUGUGAACUGACUUAACUGAGAGCAUCUCUGGUUUUAACAGAAUGGGAGAAU